UCCAUCGAUUGAUUCCUUCACUGUAAAACUAUGGCAUCGACUGUUGCUCAUGGACUUGUUCUAAUUGUAGCUGCAGCUUCAAUGCUGACAGUUGCCAUGGCUAAUAGGGGCUGGUCCUAUGGCUUCAACUACACUUUCUUUCCUCCCAUUCCCAAGCAUGGCUCGCAUAACAAUAAUCUAAAUCCUCCUAAUAAUAUCACAGUGGGUGGCUCCGAUAACUGGCACUUCGGCUUCAACUACAGCGUCUGGGCUUUCCAAAAUUCUCCCUUCUACGUUAAUGACACUCUAGUUUUCAAGUAUGAUCCUCCUAGCGCAAAAGUUUUUCCACACAGCGUUUACUUGCUGCCAAAUCUUUGGAGCUACCUGACAUGCGACCUGUCGAAGGCCAAGAUGAUUGCAAACUCCACACAAGGCGGCGGCGAUGGGUUCAUUUUUAUUCUGAAGAAGUGGCAGCCUCACUACUUUGCCUGCGGCGAACGUGGUGGCCUCCAUUGCAGAGAUGGCAACAUGAAGUUCAUGGUUAUGCCGCUGCUCCGCCGUUGGAAUUACUAGUGAUCGAUCUUUAGAAUAUUAACAACACGUAGAGGAAUAAAAGGCAUAAUUAAUUACCAUAGAUAAU